AAAAAAAACUAGUUUCUAUCUAUUUGAAGAUAAGAAACAAAAUGGCUACAUUUGUGUAUUUGUGUCCUUUAAUAUUGAUGUGUAUGUUAGUGUCUAGCAAUGCUCAAUUACAGCAAAACUUCUAUGCCAAGAGUUGUCCAAAAGCAGAGAAGAUCAUUUUAGAGUAUGUCCAUAAACACAUUCCAAAUGCUCCAUCUCUUGCUGCUGCCUUAAUCAGAAUGCAUUUCCAUGAUUGCUUUGUCAGGGGAUGUGAUGCAUCUGUGCUCUUGAAUUUCACUUCAAGUACAGGAAACCAAACUGAAAAAGUUGGUGCUCCAAAUUUAACACUUAGAGGUUUCUCAUUCAUUGAUAAUGUGAAGAAAAUCAUUGAAGAUGAAUGCCCUGGAGUUGUCUCUUGUGCUGAUAUUGUUGCCUUAGUUGCUAGAGACUCUGUUGUCGUCACAGGAGGUCCUUCAUGGAGUGUACCAACAGGAAGAAGAGAUGGAAGAAUCUCUAAUGCUUCAGAAACCUUAACAGACAUUCCAGCUCCAACUAGUAACUUUUCAACUCUCCAAAAUGAUUUUGCUAAGAAGGGUCUUGACCUUAAAGACUUGGUCCUAUUAUCUGGUGCUCACACUAUUGGAAUCUCUCAUUGCUCGUCAUUUUCAACGCGUUUGUACAAUUUUACUGGAACUUUUGGUACUGAAGAUCCAUCUCUAGACAGUGAAUAUGCAGCUAACCUUAAGGCAAAUAAAUGCAAAUCAAUUAACGAUAACACAACCAUAGUUGAAAUGGACCCAGGGAGUUUCAGGACAUUUGAUCUUAGCUAUUACAAGCUUUUACUCAAAAGGAGAGGACUCUUCCAAUCCGAUGCAGCCCUAACAACAAGUACAACAACAAAGACAUACAUUGAACAACUUGUCGCGGGAUCACUUAAAGAGUUUUAUGCUGAAUUUGCUCAAUCAAUGGAGAAAAUGGGAAGAAUUGAAGUUAAAACACGUUCUGAUGGUGAAAUUAGGAAGCAUUGUGCUGUUGUGAAUAGUUAAGACGAGUCUUUGGUUUGGGGCAAUAUGUAUCCUUAAUGAUACAUAAUGUUUCUUUUGCGUUUUUUUUCCAUCAUGUAUGUUGAUAUUCCUUUUGUAAUCAUUUCGAUUUUUGUUCUACUUCGUGACUUGAUGAUUGUUUAAAUAUAUGUUGAAUGUAUAUGUAAUUUCUUACAUAUGCUUAAAUCUAUUUUUUAAUUAAACACA